AUGCAUUCUCGUAAGGCAUCAAUAUCACACGUUAUGAACGAUAACCAAACUUCGGGUUCCGGUGGUUUUAGUCUCAAGAGUAUACUGUCUGAUGACGGUCCCGCUUCACACGCUCACACACAGCAACACGCGUCUCUCUCUCAACAUUCACAGUCACCUCUACCACCACCGCAAUAUCACCAUGGUGCUGGUAAUAAUGGUGUUAAUGGUAACGCCGGUAAUACGGGUUAUGGUGGCACCUACUCAAGCGAACCUGCUGAGGCCGGUUCGAUCCUAUUAUCUCUGUCUAAUCCAAAUACCGCACCUCAACAGUCAACUUCUCAUUAUAAUAAUCAGUCAAGGGAUUAUUACCCUUCCAAAGAUAAUGAACAGCAAAUGUCCGACGUGGAGAUUGCUGCUACCAUUUCUUCUUUAUCAAACAUUUCAAAUAGUGUAAAAUCAAUUCCACAACAUCAAAGGCAGAGAGCAAAAAGUAAUUCAAUGUCCAUCGCCUCAUUACUGGGUGGUGAAGAACCUUCUUCCUCGGAUUCCGGGCGUUCGAUUCCAAAUGGAUCGUUGGUUAAUGAACCGUCGCAGCAAAGGUAUCAGCAACAGCAUCAAGAAUCAUAUCCCGAGGAGAUGAGAAAUGGUGAUAUACAUUCGCACCAUCAGAGUCAACAAAAUUUGGAUUGCGGUCAUUUUAACGGUUCAUCCAAUCACAAUAUUAGAAAGCAUACAAAGAAGUUAUCCGGUGGAUCGGCGUCUUUGGUCGUGAACACCACAAAGAUUCCGCAAAGGGAACCAAAAGGGAUUCAAAAGAAAAGUCCACAGAAACGUAGACCUUCUGACGCGGUUGAUUUCACUAAUACAAGACCCAAGGUACAUCGUAAUCCGGAACUAAAUCAUUUCUCACAUGGUCCUCCAACAACUUCCGGCGGUCCAAAAUUAACCGAGUUGAGGGAGCAUUUGGGUGAAGAGAGAUUCCCAAAUCGUAUACCAGCCGUGCACAAUUAUUCCAUGGAAUGGGAUCGCGUACCUCAUUCACAUUCAUAUCAUCAAGCUCGAUCUUCUCAUAGUAUACCAAUACAGAACGAAAAUCGUUUUACAAUGGCAAAGAAUGUCAGUUCUCCUCCAAUGCAUGGCGAUUCACAAAAAUUAAAUGUUAAAAAUUUUUUAAUGGGUAACAAUGAAAGGCAGGGGAGCAAAACUUCUUCCCCACCUCCCCCUGGUCUACCCGUUCAUGUUCCUAAUGGUUACCCACACGGACACGGAGUUGGCGGAAUGGCCGGAGCUCAUGUGGAUAUCCCUCCGCAACUUUCGCAACAACCACCACCACAAAUUCCACCGAUACAAAAUGGAAUGCCAUCCAUAAGUGGACAGCAUAGUGCAUUCAGCAACCAGUUUUAUAAGAAAUAUCAAGAUAUGGUUCGUAAGCAUGAUCCGAAAUUAAAACGAAAUGCCACGCACGCUUAUAUCCCUUACAUGAUUUAUAAUCAAAUGGAAAACGGUAAAUGUAAAGAUGGCCAUUUGCAAUCACAAACUCCACCGCCGCAGAAUAAUAGCGUCAUGAACAGACAAAUCAUGCCAAACGGUUCACCGAUGAAUAAUGAUCAUGUAAUGGUGUCACAAGUUAAUGGGAGCAAUUUAUACGGUUCUCGUGACGGUUAUCCUCCGAGUAAUUCGGGAUUUAUGCAUUCUUCCGAGGUUGCUGCCAAUUCAGGAGUUCAACAACGUAGGGUACCUGAUCCACCUACGCACCCGCAUUCAAAUGUUAAUGCAAUUUCAGGCUCACGUAAUGCUUCCCACGUUUACCCUAAUGGAGUUUCUCUAUCGUCUGCGAACGUUCAACAUUCAUCAUCACAGAGACCAAACGUUUUAUCUUCAUUAUCAGAGCCAUCAAAUAGAACUUCAACACCAUCAACUUCAAGGUCUGCAGUAUCUCAAUCAAGUCAACCUCAACAUGUAUAUAUGCCGGCACCUCUUGACCCAUUAAGUUCACGAACACCACCCCAACCCACGUAUAUGCCAUCACCUCAUGAUCCAUUAUCUUCACGAAAUUCGUACGAUAAAACGCCGCCGGCGCCACCUGUAUACAUGUCGGGCUCUUCACGAAAUUCUUACAAUGCUAAAUCAUCAGCUCCUAUACCUCAAUCACCCGCGAUGAAUCCUUCACGACAAGGCCCACCUGCAAGUCAUUAUCAUAAUCAUACACCUUCACCCGGUCCGCCACAAAGUGGGUCAAAUCGUUUACCUGGAAUGUCUCCACACCAUAAUCAUAAUCUCCAUUCAGAACCUGUCUGUGCUCCAGUAAACGGCAAUCCAUCAAAUAUUUUGAGUCCAUCUAGGAGGUUAUUAGAAUCACAAUCUCAGACAAAUGGGUAUGGGAAUAAUAACGGUCACUCGCAUCAUCUCCAUCCUCAUCUAGAUGUCCCUCCAUCAUCUCAAGUAUUGGGUCAAUCGAGUCUUGGCCAAAGAGGAACUUUUUAUUGA